UGUUUUUUUCAGGUAAAUCAGAAGACUGAAGCACGCCAUAUACUCACCUUAGUCCAUAAACACUUCUGUACUAGACUUUCUGGCUACAUUGAGAGACCUCAGCUGAUUCGUGCAAAAGUGCCAAUUGUGAAGUUCAGGGAUAAAGUCAGUUGUGUGGAAUUUGACUUAAAUGUAAACAAUACCGUUGGAAUUAGAAACACAUUCCUUCUCAGAACUUAUGCCUACCUGGAAAAUCGAGUUCGUCCGUUAGUGCUGGUGAUUAAGAAGUGGGCAAGUCACCAUGAUAUAAACGAUGCCAGUCGCGGUACUUUAAGCAGCUACAGUCUUGUACUGAUGGUUUUGCACUACUUACAAACCCUACCUGAACCCAUCCUUCCAUCCCUCCAAAAAAUUUACCCAGAGUCUUUUAGUACUUCUGUACAGCUGCACCUUGUACAUCAUGCUCCAUGUAAUGUUCCUCCUUACCUCUCAAAGAAUGAAUCAAGUCUUGGGGACCUCUUACUGGGCUUUCUUAAAUAUUAUGCUACAGAAUUUGACUGGAACACUCAGAUGAUUUCAGUUCGUGAAGCCAAAGCCAUCCCGAGGCCUGAAGACAUUGAAUGGAGAAAUAAAUACAUCUGUGUUGAAGAACCUUUUGAUGGAACUAAUACCGCCAGAGCUGUGCAUGAAAAGCAGAAGUUUGAUAUGAUCAAGGAUCAGUUUUUAAAGUCCUGGCAGAGAUUGAAAAACAAGAGAGACCUGAACAGUGUUCUGCCUUUGAGAGCUGCUACUCUGAAGAGAUAGCUGGCCUCUAGUUCUUAAACUCUUCCAAGAAAUAAAGAACAAUAGUUACAUCCCAAUGCAUUUGUUUACCUCCAUCAUGGUUUAUUUUUAAUGUUGUUCUUGUUUUUGUUUUAUUUUUAAAAGGACAUACUUAUAUAAAGAUUACAUAUUUUAUUAUGACAUUUCCUAAUAAACUCUUUGAUUUAAAAAUGUAUUUUUGAAAAUGUUUACAUUGAUGAUUAGUAGUAUUAUGGCAUGACUUUUCAGCAUAAAAUAUAUUUUGAGAAAUUACCUGAACUAAUAAGGUUUUGAUAUAAUUUUAAGUACUUGUACCACAUGUUAAUACUGAAGAAGCAUGUGGAAUUUUGCAAAGGAUCUAAGUAAUACAUAUUUGCAGUGUAACUGGCAGUAGAUAGUUGUUCAGCUCAGUUCUAGUCAAGGGAAGAUUCAAGUCAGUUAUUGAGUUACUUGAAGCAAAUGAAAUCUUGGACUCCUUGAACUCACUGUGGAGUCCUGAAAUACUGGACCAUUGCCUUAAGUCUUCUCUUGACUCGCUGGGGCAGCCUGUCUGUGACUGUGUCUGUACCAGUGUCCCAUGAGCUCUUCACACCUUGCUCAGAGAGACUGGAGGUUGCUUUAGGUUUUGUGAUGAAACAAUACAUUUUGCACUGUUGUAACAGGAGCACUAACAGCAGUUAGUGACUUGCUAAUGGACUGAGUCUCUGACUCAGACACUUUGGAAAAAUGAAGUUUCCUAUGCUUUCUGAGAGCAUAGUGCAGUGUACACUGUUGCUUUACCUCCGGUUUUCUGGUUUUCUUUUCCUCAUGUUAAAAAAAAAAAACAGCAGAAAACUGAAACAUCAAGUUAAGAUUCUAUCCUAUUUGUAGAAUCAGAUUUCUGUGGAUUAUAAUCUCAACUGGAAUUUUUAGGCAGUAAGCCACUACCAAGUGUUUUAGAUAAGACAAUAAAAUUAUAAAUAAAAGUUUAAUGUUUAUACAAAAAUCUUUUUUAGUAUUUCUUUUCCACAUGAAAGUAGUAGCUUCAGAUACAAGCUAUUCUGUUUAUUAAGACUGUUUUUAGUUAUGUAAAUAUUUGUAAAUUGGUUAGUAUCUGUAAAUUUAAAUAUAAAAAAUAAUCUUGAAGGCAGUUUUAACUUUUUCAAAGAUUGCAGACUUCUUGUAGGCCUAUGGUGGUACAAUUUGUACCACUGAACUAUUUUUUGCAGACCAAUUAAAAAACUAAAAUGUUCACUUUCUUUGACUUAUAAAGGGUGCAUAUUUUCUUUUUCUUUUAAGUUCAAAUUUUUGUAUGCCGUCAAAUGGAAUAAAGUUUAUACCUGGAAAUUA